AGGUUUUAGUUUUGAGUUUGAUCAGUUUGAGGCGUUCGAUUACAAUACUCUUUGGGCGUUCGUUCAUGUCAUGUUCAAAAAGGCCAACGCACUCAGAAAUGAAUGGUGUAUUUUGUGCAGUUUUUGUUUAGUAUAGUUACUAGCAUAAUGAGAAUAAGAUAAAUAUUAUUUACUUAUAACAAUCUACAUAGUUGUGGUCACAAUGGAAGAGCCUACCUUACGUUAUGAAAAAAUUGACUACCUUGGAGAAGGCCAAUUUGCAACCGUUUACAAAGCAAGAGAUGUGAAAACUGACAAAAUAGUGGCUGUGAAGAAGAUUAAAAUAGGUUCUCGUUUGGAGGCUCAGGAUGGCAUAAACAGGACUGCACUCAGAGAAAUAAAGCUGUUGCAGGAGCUGCAGCAUGUUAACUUGAUUGGACUAUUAGAUGUAUUCGGACAAAAAUCAAAUGUAUCUUUAGUGUUUGACUUUAUGGACACUGACUUAGAGAUAAUAGUUAAGGACAGCAACAUUGUGCUCACUCCAGCUAAUGUGAAGGCUUACAUGAUCAUGACUUUGAGUGGUUUAGAGUAUCUGCAUCAGAACUGGAUACUACACAGAGAUUUGAAACCAAACAAUUUAUUGAUAAAUCGUGAUGGAAUACUGAAAAUUGGUGACUUUGGUCUUGCCAAGGCUUUUGGGUCUCCCACCAGAAUAAAUACACAUCAAGUGGUGACCAGAUGGUACAGGUCGCCAGAGCUCUUAUUCGGGGCCCGGCAGUACGGCACAGGUGUGGACAUGUGGGCCAUCGGCUGCAUCUUAGCAGAGCUUUUGCUCCGGGUGCCCUUCUUGCCCGGAGAGUCGGACCUGGAUCAGCUGACGCGCAUAUUCCAGGUGUUUGGCACACCUAAUGAUGAGAAUUGGCCUGGAAUGAAGGGGCUGCCGGACUACGUGCAAUUUAAGCAGUUCCCAGCGCAGCCGCUGCGACAUAUCUUCAGCGCGGCCGCCGACGACCUCAUACAGCUGCUCGAGAGCCUGCUCGUGCUGUUCCCGCCCGCACGCUGCGACUGCACGCAGGCGCUGCAGAUGCCGUACUUCAGCAACAAACCAGCCCCAACAGUGGGCAAUAAACUCCCAAUGCCCUCGAGUUUCACGAGGAUGGAGACGGAGAAGCCCACACUCAAGAGGAAACUGCUAGACAGUAUCGAUGGAGGCUCCCUGCCCAAGAAACUGCUGUUUUGACUGGCGCCAUAACUUAGUACAAUGACAGGGAGUGCAAUCUAUAUCAUUUAAAAGUGCAACUUGAGAGAUACGCUUGUGAAUUUCGCACACAUUUCGCACCUUUUUCUACUGACAAGAUUUGCUUGACCAACUAUAGCUUAAAAGGUGCAAUUUGAAUUUAGAAAUUUAAAAGGUGAGAUGCCCGUGUUCACUUGACUAUUCGUCAAUGAGGGCUAACGCGUAUGAAUUCGCCGCUAGGGGCGCUAGUGUAGAUGGUGUCUUCGCAUAGUUCGAAAUGUCAAAUGUCACUUGUUUAAUAACAAUGACUGACAGCUGUUCUUUAGACCACCAUCAACAGUGGCGCAAACUGGUGAGCAAAAAAACGAUAGCCCUCAUUCAUACUACACAAAUUCGUUAAGGUUUGUAACUUUGUAGAAACAUGAGCUGCAUUGUCUUGUGUAUAGGGUAUCGAAUCUGAUAUCAAUGAAAUGUAAUUACUGAUAGUAUUAAGUGAUUUUAAGUUAAAGCGGGACUUUCUAUAAUCAGAUCUAUAGCUUUAGUAUAAUGCAUUUGAAGGGUACACGGAAAGAACAUGUCUAGUCACUUUUUUCGGAAAAUGAGAUUUUCAUCUCAAAAUGUAGCUCUUAAUGAACUAUAAGUUAUAUCUUUUGCUACCACUGUAUAAUAUAUGUAACACAAUUUUUUUUAAAGUCCUGGUCACGGAAUGAGGGCUAAAGCGUAUGAAUUCGCCGCUAGGGGCGCUAGUGUAGAUGGUGGUCUUUUCCAUACUUCGAAAUGUCACUUGUCACUUCAAUGACUGACAGCUUUUCUUUAGUCUUUUGGACCACCAUCAACAGAGGCGCCAACUGGUGAGCAAAAAAACGAUAGCCCUCAUUACCGUAUAUUUUGACAUGGUUCCAAAUUUUAAAACCGCGAUUACUCAAAAUGUUACUAAAGUGACUAUACAUGUUCUUUCCGUGUACCCUUCCUUUGUUUCUUUCAUAUUGAAAAUACAUAAUUGAUUAUUUUGAGGCAGGUUGAAAAAACUGCAUUUUAAGUAAACAAAAGUAAAUAUAUUUUGACAGUU